AUGGCGAACCGGGGAAAGACUCUUGACCCGCAGGUCUUUUGCAUCAAAGAUCUCGAGCGGCUGGGCUCGGACAGGAUGCUCAAGACCUAUCGAGAAUAUUACAAUGAAGGCGCCAUGGAUCUCAUCACAUUGCGGGCCAACGAAUCCGCCUACAAUCGGUACAUGAUCCGUCCGCGGGUCCUCCGCAACCUGUCCAGCCUGGACACCAGCACGACCAUUGUCGGAUGCAAGGUAAAGUUCCCGUUUGGAUUCUCGCCCACAGCCAUGCAAACUCUGGCGCACCCCGUCGGAGAAGAGGGCACAUCUAAGGCCUGUGCCGGCUUCAACACGAUGAUGGGCCUUUCGAACUACUCCACCAAGGGGCUCGAGGGGGUCAUCGCCCACGGCCAGGGCAACCCGUACGUGAUGCAGAUGAGCCUGCUGAAGAACAAAGACGCCAUGAUCAGACUCAUCAAACGAGCCGAGGCUGCCGGUUUCAAGGCGCUGUUCGUCACCCUGGACGUGCCUUACCUGGGUCGACGACUCAACGAGUACCGGAAUAACUUUGGCGUGCCAAAUGGCAUGGAAUACCCGAAUCUUUUCCCUGGUGUCGAUGUGACCAACCUCGAGGACGGUGACGACUCGAUGGCUUAUGACAAUGCGGUCGAAUGGACCGACAUCAUUCCCUUCUUUCGCAAGCACACCAAGAUGGAGAUCUGGGGCAAAGGAAUCUAUACCGCCCCCGAUGCCGAGCUUGCCAUCAAGCACGGCUUCGACGGGAUCAUCAUCUCCAACCACGGCGGUCGCCAACUGGACAGUGUGCCCUCCUCCCUCGAUGCGCUCCGCGAGAUCGCCCCGGUCGCCAAGGGCAAAAUCCCCAUCGCCGUGGACGGCGGGAUCCGCCGGGGCACCGAUAUCUUCAAGGCUCUCGCUCUUGGUGCCGACUUUUGUCUCGCCGGCCGGCCGGCUAUCUGGGGUCUCGCUUAUGACGGGCAAAGGGGCGUAGAACUUGCCCUCGGCUUACUUUAUGAUGAGUUCAAAACGUGCAUGGCAUUGGCUGGUUGCAAAAACGUAUCUGAAAUCAGCACGGAGCAUAUUUCGCUCCUGCAGCCCGAUGGCCGCCUGUUGAAACUUUGA